GGAAGGUCAUGCUUCAGUGUGAGUGUUUGUUUGGAGGUAACACAGUUGGAGUGAGCCGAGUCCAAACCUGCUGGAAUUCUCUGAUUCAGCACAUUUUGGAGAGGAACUACAGGGGCCAGCCAUGUUGUUCCUUCCUCCAGCUAAGGGAGAGAGCUGUGGGACAAAGGACUUCCAGACUAAACUGUCACAGGAACUCAAUCAAAGCCAGAACAAUGAAAAUAUAUCAGCACGGGUCAAAACGGAAAGUGAUGAAGACCCCAUUUGGGCGUGUUAUGCCGCAUUAGAAAAACAGUGGGACAGCGACGCUACUGGAAUUAAAACAGGAGAUCCCUGGAUAAAAUCUGAGCCCUCAGAACUUGACAAGCAUGACCCAAUGACCAUUCGUGUUUCUAAUCAGAACGCUCUAUCAACUUUGCAGGAACGUGGACCCCAGGCAAACAGUGCUGCAGCUCUUAGCAGCAUCACUGUAAAGGAUGAAGAACCCAUCUGGGGGUGCUACAGAUCCAUCACAGGGACUGUGGUGGAUUACCAUUCCCAACCUUCAUCUGGGAACACUUCACAGCAGGCAUUCCAGUGCCCACUAGCCGGUCUGGCACAGUGUAUAGCAAAUAUAGACCGCUUUAGCUGCUCUGUCUCUUCAAAGAGGUUAACCACACCCACUCAGGUCAUGUCCACAGUGCAUCAGACUAAGGAUCCAGUUCAGCAGAAGACACAAGCUUCAGGCAAGCAACAUCUGAAGAACUGUACUUCCAAAAGCUUUUCUGCCAACAAGCCUUCAGAGCUUGUUGGCCAGCCUGUAUACCGUCCACAACCACUAGCCAGUCUGACACAGUGUAUAUUGGAUCUCGACAGCUUUAGCUGCCCUGUUUCUUCAAAGAAGUUAACCACACCCACUCAGGUCAUGUCCCCAGUGCAUCAGACUAAGGAUCCAGUUCAGCAGAAGGCACAACCUUCAGGCAAGCAACAUCUUAAGGACUGUACUUCCAAAAGCUUUUCUGCCAACAAGCCUUCAGAGCUUGUUGGCCAGCCUGUAUACCGUCCACAACCACUAGCCAGUCUGACACAGUGUAUAGCGGAUCUCGACAACUUUAGCUGCUCUGUUUCUUCAAAGAAGUUAACCACACCCACCCAGGUCAUGUCCCCAGUGCAUCAGACUAAGGAUCCAAUUCAGCAGAAGGCACAACCUUCAGGCAAGCAACAUCUGAAGGACUGUACUUCCAAAAGCAUUACUGCUUACAAGCCUUCAGAGCUUGUUGGCAGGCCUGUAUACCAUCCACAACCACUCAGAGACACUAUUGUGCACCAGAAAUUGUCCCCAGUGCAUCAGACUAAGGAUCCAAUGCAGCAGAAGGCACAACCUUCAGGCAAGCAACAUCUGAAGGACUGUACUUCCAAAAGCAUUACUGCUUACAAGCCUUCAGAGCUUGUUGGCAGGCCUGUAUACCAUCCACAACCACUCAGAGACACUAUUGUGCACCAGAAAUUGAAGGUACCUAAAGUUAUCUUGGUUCCUUUGUCCUCAUGCCCUGUUGACAAUGUCCCAAAUGUGACCCUCAAACAAGCACAUGCUCUGAAUUACAGCAAACCUGAAGCACAACAGACCACAAAUAAGGUAAAUUCUCCAUAUGCAGGACAACAAGGGCAAACUGGAAAGUGUGGUGAAGAAAACCGGUUGCAGCUGAGAUCUGCCCAAGAGAAGAUGUUAGAGAAGACCAACAAAGCCUCCUGUCGUUACUGUCAACACUGUCAACAAAAUAUACGCUCACAUUAUAAGGAAGGAGGUCCGUAUAAAAUUCCGAGCACAUCAAAGUUAAGCAACUUGCCAAGAAACUGGAAAUGCUGCAAGUGUGACGUUGCUUUCACUCAACCAGGAAACUUAAGUUAUCACUUAGCUAAGAAGCACAAGUCUUCCUUCCCAUGCCAAAAGUGUGGCAUGGCAUUUGACACUAAAAACAAGUUGCAAUAUCAUAAAUAUUCCCAUGAAUCCUCUGUCUCGUGCGAUAAGUGCGGGAAGGUCUGCCGCUCUACGUUUCAUCUCAGGUAUCACAAAUUUAUUCACAAUGAAGAUGCGGUCAAACACUUCUGUGAGCUGUGCGGCAAGGGCUUCAGACUAAAAUCAUCCCUCCAGGUGCACAUGACCGUGCACACUGACGAAAGACGACACGAGUGUCCAGACUGCAAAGCCACGUUUAAGGUUUCCAGUCACCUCGCCAGACAUCGACUCAUGCAUACAGACUCGAGGCCGUUCUCAUGCCCUGUGUGCAAGAUCGGCUUCAGAACCAAGGCUAAUGUGCAAGCUCACCUGAAGACUCACGAGAAAAGAAGCGGCGAGAGGAAGAGAGGGAUGAGGAAAAGAAAAAGAAAGCUGUCUGAGUCAGAGGAGGAGUGGCAAGAGGAAGACGAUGUGGAAGAGGAAGGGGAUGAAUCAGAUGAAGAGGAAGAUGAACAUGAUGAAGAAGAGAACGUGGAGUAGAAGGGUGGGGAGGCAACAUUGGCAAUGAUUAAUGUAAGAGCAUCAUGUCAUUGGGAAACCAUUAGUUCAGACCAUGAAUGUCAAAACAUGGUUAAAAACUGAGCAUCUCUCUCAAAAAGCUAACUUCUGCUAGCAUCCCUAGGGAAUUGUAGUAGCCUUUUAGCCCUCAGCUAACUGCAAUUAUUGGCCAUUAUAGAUUAAACUUGUAAAACAAA